GCCACCACCAUUAAUAUUUCAAACCUCUUUGUAUCACUCAUUUGAGUCACUCACCUCACUAUUGCAAGAUUUUCUUGGUCCCAAUCUCCCUCACUUAUACGUUAGAAAGUAUAAACCUCUUUUGAUCACUUCUUAUUGCUUUCACCAUGAAAAUUUCUUAAAACCAAAUCACUCACUUCACAUACAUAGAUAUAUAUAUAUGAACACUUACCCAUCAAGCUUUGUGCCUUCAUCAAUGGUUUCUCCACAAGAUUCUCACUCCAAUCCCAGUCACUUACCCACAACACCGCCGUUUUACAGUCCAUCUUCAGUCUCUUGUACUAAGAUUCAGAGGUCUCUAGGCCGGUCCAUGCGAACCGUCCGGUCCAACCUCUACCAAACCAACCACAACACCUGCUCCUUCCCCGGCGCAGCUCCCCAGAAAUCGGCCUCGGCCUGUGUCUCCGAAAACCUCACCGACUCCGUCGUCGACUUGCGGCUCGGCGAGCUCGCGGGUCGGACUAACAAGUCGGUCAAUUCCUCUUCUUCCGACACCGACUUCUUCGACCUUUCUCAAGCCUUCAGUGACUUCUCGGUCUGUAGCAGCGACAUUUCCGGCGAGUUACAGAGGCUCGCGACUAUUCCGGCGCCGGAAAAUUCAUCGGAUCCGAAUCCCGAACCCGUUUCAGAGCCAUGCGCCGGUUUUCUCGACCGCGACAGUUUCUCGACGGAGAUUAUCGAGAGUAUAUCACCGGAGGAUCUCCAACCGACGGUGAAAAUCUGCAUCGACGGUCUCCGAUCCCCGUCGACCGCAGUGAAGAGAUCGGCGGCGGCGAAACUGAGACUCCUGGCGAAGAACCGGUCCGAUAACAGAGCGUUGAUCGGCGAGUCCGGUGCCGUACCAGCUUUAAUUCCUCUGCUCAGAUGUACAGAUCCGAUGACGCAAGAACACGCAGUGACGGCGUUGUUGAAUCUCUCACUUCUGGAAGAGAACAAGGCUCGAAUCACGAGCUACGGAGCAAUCAAAGCCCUAAUCUACGUAUUGAAGACAGGUACAGAGACAUCGAAGCAGAACGCGGCAUGUGCGUUGCUGAACUUGUCGUUGAUCGACGAGAACAAGAUUUCGAUCGGAGCUUGCGGAGCGAUUCCGCCAUUGAUAACGCUGUUGAUGAAUGGAUCGAAUAGGGGGAAGAAGGACGCGAUGACGACGCUGUACAAGCUGUGUACGGUGAAGGUGAACAAGGAGAGGGCGGUGAAGGCAGGGGCGGUGCAGGCGGUGGUGGGGCUGGUGGCGGCGGAGCAAAUGGCGGAGAAGGCGAUGGUGGUGAUGAGUAGCUUGGCGGCGGUGGCGGAAGGAAAGGAGGCGAUUGUGGAGGAAGGGGGGAUUGCGGCGUUGGUGGAGGUGAUCGAGGAUGGGUCGCCGAAAGGGAAGGAGUUCGCCGUGAUGACGCUGUUGCAGUUGUGUGGUGAGAGUGUCAGGAAUAGGGGUUUGCUUGUCAGGGAAGGUGGGAUUCCUCCAUUGGCAGCGCUUGCUCAAACUGGUACUGCAAAAGCCAAGCACAAGGCUGAAACACUACUAAGUUAUUUGAGAGAACAAAGGCAAGAAGCUUCUAUUUUGAGUCCUUAGUUAGAGAGGUAUUCACAUGAGAUUAGGUUUUAUAAUUAUACUACAGUGUUUUAUGAUCAUUGAUUGUAAUAUAGGAAUUGUUUUGAUUGUCUGUACGGAGUGGUUGAGAAAUUUGGAGGUUUAUGAUAAAAAGAGAGAGGUAGAAGAAAAAAAGAAAAAAAAAAAAUAAAAAAAAUGAGCCAGUGAUGAGGAGGAGCUGACCUUGUAAGUUGUAUGUAUGCUAUUGACUGGGUUUUUUUGAGUUUUUGGUUUCUUCCGUCUUAAAUUGUUAUUUUUGUUGGAAGGUUAAAACUUGCUGGCCUGGGAGUGUAUAGUGGGUUUUGGAUUGAUUGAAGAUUUGGGUUGAAAUGUAAUUAAAAUAUAACUAUAUUUUAUGUACUUGUCUUUUUCUCUUUUUAAA